AUCAGAGCACCUGGAAGCAGAGCUGUCUGCCAGGGACUUGCCAAGGACCCGCCCAGGCCAGCGCAGGGCGGGCUCGACUGGGGGCGGGGCCGUACAGAAGGUUCCUGAAAUGAGCUGUCCGCCUCUCUGGUGCUGAACACAGCUCUAGAGUACAAAUGAAGUGCUUUUGUCUGUUGGUGGAACUGGGUGCCAAGAACUGCGCUCGACUUUAGAUCUUACCCUUAAAGGAAGGGAAUCCGGAGGAAGACGAGGCAGGCAAGAAAGGCAAGCACAGAAAGUGACAGUUGCAGAAACUAUAAACGUCGAUUGGAGCUCGCAUCUCCGAGGAAGCACUGAAGCAGAACGGAGUGAAGGAGAAGCGGGGGUGGGAGGGGUUUCAGGCUGUGCGGAGGAAGAAAUAAAAAGAGAAAUAAAAAAGGGAAAAAAAAAAAAAGGUCAAGGCUGGUGCCCGUGAAUUUGGGAUUCCAUUGGAAGCGAUCGCUCACUGAGGGAAAUGGAUUCUGUACCAAGACUGAAUAGCGUUUUUACUUUGGUGCUCUCUGGCUUGUGGCAUUUUGGAUUAACAGCGACAAAUUACAACUGUGAUGACCCAUUGACUUCCUUCCUCUCACUGAGGGCUUUCUCCAGCUCCUCAGAUCUCACUGGAAGGUCCAGCCCAGCUCAACUCAACUGGAGAAUGGGAACUGGUGGUUGGUCCCCAGCAGAUUCUAAUGCCCAGCAGUGGCUCCAAAUGGACCUGGGAAACAGAGUGGAGAUUACAGCUGUGGCUACCCAGGGAAGAUAUGGGAGCUCUGACUGGGUGACAAGCUAUCGCCUGAUGUUCAGUGACACAGGGCACAACUGGCAACAGUACACGCAGGAAGGCAGCAUCUGGAGAUUUGUAGGAAACAUGAAUGCUAACAGUGUGGUUCACCACAAACUGCUGAACUCUGUGAGAGCCCGCUUUGUUCGCUUUGUGCCCCUGGAGUGGAAUCCAAAUGGAAAGAUUGGCAUGAGAGUAGAGGUCUAUGGAUGUUCCUACAGAUCAGAUGUAGCUGACUUUGAUGGCUGGAGCUCACUUCUCUACAGGUUCAACCAGAAGACAAUGAGCACCCUCAAAGAUGUGAUCUCCCUUAAGUUCAAGAGCAUACAAAGGGAUGGGGUUCUGUUCCAUGGGGAAGGACAACGUGGAGACCAUAUCACCCUAGAGCUUCAGAAUGGCAGGCUAGCCCUAUACCUGAACCUGGAUGACAGCAAAGCCCAGGUCAGCAGCACUGCACCCUUGGCAACUCUGGGUAGCCUUCUGGAUGACCAGCACUGGCACUCAGUUCUCCUGGAGCGUGUGGGCAAGCAGGCCAACUUCACUGUGGACAAGAACACACAGCACUUCCAGACCAAGGGUGAGACUGAUGCCCUGGACAUUGACUAUGAGCUCAGUUUUGGAGGAAUUCCAGUACCAAGCAAACCUGGGACCUUUUUAAAGAAAAACUUCCAUGGCUGUAUAGAAAACCUUUAUUACAAUGGAGUGAACAUAAUUGACUUGGCUAAAAGACGGAAGCAUCAGAUUUACUCAGUGGGCAAUGUCACCUUUUCCUGCUCAGAACCACAAACUGUCCCCAUCACAUUUGUCAACUCCAGGAGCAGUUAUUUGCUGUUGACUGGUACCCCCCAAAUUGAUGGACUGUCAGUGAGUUUCCAGUUUCGAACAUGGAAUGAGGAUGGUCUGCUUCUGUCCACAGAACUGUCUGAAGGCUCAGGAACCCUGCUGCUCAUCCUGGAGGGCGGGACUCUGAGGCUCCUGAUUAAGAAAUUGGCCAGACAUGGAACUGAAAUCUUCACAGGCAGUGGCUUGAAUGAUGGCAUGUGGCAUUCUGUCAGCAUCAGUGCCAGAAGAAAUCGUGUUACUCUCACACUGGAUAAUGAUGCUGCAUCCCUGCCUCCAGACACCUCCUGGCUGCAGAUAUAUUCUGGAAAUAGCUACUACUUUGGAGGGUGCCCUGACAAUCUCACUGAUUCCCAAUGCUUAAACCCGAUUAAGGCUUUCCAAGGCUGCAUGAGGCUCAUCUUUAUUGAUAACCAGCCCAAGGAUCUUAUUUCAGUUCAGCAAGGCUCCCUGGGGAGUUUUAGUGAUUUACACAUUGAUCUGUGUAGCAUCAAAGACAGGUGUUUGCCAAACUACUGUGAACAUGGAGGACAAUGUGCGCAAACCUGGACUAACUUCUACUGCAACUGCAGUGACACUGGUUACACAGGAGCCACCUGUCAUGACUCCAUCUAUGAGCAGUCCUGUGAGGUGUACAGACACAGAGGGAAAACUGCUGAGUUCUUCUAUGUUGACUCUGAUGGCAGCGGGCCACUGGGACCACUCCAGGUGUUCUGCAAUAUUACUGAAGACAAGAUCUGGAUGACAGUUCAGCACAACAACACAGGGCUGACUUGGGUACAGGGUUCUAACCCUGAGAAGCCCUAUGCCAUGACCUUAAACUAUGGUGGGAGUCUGGAGCAACUGGAGGCUCUGAUUGAUGGCUCAGAGCACUGUGAACAGGAAGUGACAUACUACUGCAAGAGAUCCCGCCUGCUUAACACACCAGAUGGAGUCCCAUUCACCUGGUGGAUUGGGAGGUCCAAUGAAAAGCAUCCUUAUUGGGGAGGCUCUCUUCCUGGAGUCCAGCAGUGUGGAUGUGGGCUGGAAGAGAGCUGCCUGGACAUUCGACAUUUUUGCAAUUGUGAUGCUGACACAGAUGAAUGGACAAACGAUACUGGUUAUCUGUCUUUCAAAGAUCACUUGCCCGUAACUCAGAUAAUUAUUACUGAUACCAACAGAUCAAAAUCAGAAGCUGCUUGGAGAAUUGGCCCCUUGCGUUGCUAUGGUGACCGACACUUCUGGAAUGCUGUCUCAUUUUCUACCGAAGCCUCUUUCCUUCACUUUCCUACCUUCCGUGUGGAAUUCAGCGCUGACAUUUUCUUCUUUUUUAAAACCACUGCUUUAUCAGGAGUUUUCCUAGAAAUCCUUGGCAUUAAAGACUUCCUCCGACUUGAAAUGAGCUCUCCUUCUGAGGUCAUAUUUGCCAUUGAUGUUGGAAAUGGUCCCAUUGAUCUCCUCGUCCAGUCUCCUUAUCCUCUGAAUGACAACCAAUGGCAUUAUAUCCGGGCUGAGAGAAACCUCAAGGAGACCUCAUUGCAGGUGGACAAUCUUCCACAGAGUAUGAGGGAGGCCUCAGAGGAAGGCCAUUUCCAAUUUCAGCUGAAUAGCCAGUUGUUUGUAGGAGGAAAAUCAUCAAGACAAAAAGGCUUUUUUGGAUGCAUCCGUUCCUUACACUUGAAUGGGCAGAACAUAGACCUGGAGGAGAGAGCAAAGGUCACAUCUGGAGUGAGACCUGGAUGUCCAGGUCACUGCAGCAGUUAUGGAAGAAAUUGCCAAAAUGGGGGCAAGUGUGUGGAGAAGCAUAUUGGCUACUCAUGUGACUGUACCAACUCACCAUAUGAAGGACCUUUCUGUCAGAAAGAGAUUUCAGCUCUUUUUGAUUCUGACACCUCUGUUACAUACAUGUUUCAAGAACCAUACUCAGUGACCAAGAACACAAACCUCUCAUCUUCUGCUAUCUACACAGAUACAGCUCCAUCCAAGGAAAUCAUCAUGCUGAGUUUCAUGACAGCACAAGCCCCCACCCUCUUGCUCUACCUCAAUUUCUCUUCUCAGAAUUUUCUGGCUAUUUUGCUCUCCUGGAAUGGAAGUUUACAGAUUCACUAUCAACUAAGCAAGGAAGAAAGCCAUGUGUUCACCAUCAACACAGAGAAUCUGGCCAAUAGAAGAGUGCACCAGGUGAAAAUGAGCCGUGAUGGUCCAGAACUUUCUAUUCAGAUGGACCAGCAACUCUUCAGCUAUACUUUCUCACUAGAAUCUGAGUUCCAGAGAGCAAGGUCGCUCGUCCUAGGCAAAGUCACAGAGACUCUUGGGUUGGAUCCAGAAGUUGCUAGAGCAAACACCUUGGGUUUUGUUGGAUGUCUUUCUUCAGUCCAAUACAAUCAUAUAACACCAUUGAAGGCAGCCCUUCGCCAUGCCAGCAUUUCACCUGUGACUGUUCAAAGGACUUUGACAGAAUCCAGCUGUGUCUCCAUGGUGGACUCUGAUGCGAAUGCAGUGACCACCGUGUAUUCUUCAACAGAUCCAUUUGGAGAGAGAGAUGAGCGUGAACCGCUCACAAAUGCAGUCCCAAGUGACUUGGCAGUCAUUGGAGGCAUCAUAGCAGUGGUGACAUUCAUCAGUUUUUCUGUCAUUGGAAUCAUGACCCACUUUUUCUAUCAGCACAAGCGGUCACACUAUGCCAGUCAAAUGAAGGAGAAGGAAUACCCAGAGAAUGUGGACAGUUCCUCUAGAAAUGACAUUGACUUGCAAAACACAACCAGGGAGUGCAAGCAGGAAGACUUCAUAUGAGCCAAUGCAGGGUCAACUGAUUUUUUUUUUCUUCUCUGGAGUUACCAUCUCUACUUUUCUCUUUUCUUCCUUCCUUUCUUUCUUUCUUUCUUUCUUUCUUUCUUUCUUUCUUUCUUUCUUUCUUUCUUUCUUUCUUUUUUAGUUUAGGCAUUCUCUUUCUCUCAUUUGCCAUUCAUUUUCUGGAACACAUAUGCACUCUUCUCCUUGACCCAGCUCAGGAGAUCAUGUAUCUAUGGCUACUAUAGUUCAGUGACAGGUGUCAAUGUGAAACUUACCACUGGAGACAUAAACUUUACUAUUGUAAACAACGAAGAGACACAUGCGCAUACAUGCACAUUCUAUGCUUCUAGUCCAGUUUCUUAACCUCAAUCUUUAGUUUCUCAGGCAUUUGAUCUUGCCAUCUUCCAUUAGACAUGAGCUCUUUGAUGUUCCCUUUAAUAAUUUGCUCUACCCUUUACCAUAUUUUUAGGUAUUACAGAUAUAGAGGAGAAAAGUGUAUAUGUUUGUGUGUGUGUGUGUGUGUGUGUGUGUGUGUGUGUGUGUGACAGAGAAAGACAGAAUUAGGUCAUUUUUUUAAAGUGAUGAUUAUCAGGGAGCCCAAUACUGUAGAAGUAUAUGAAGGAAGGUAAAUCUAUGCAGGGAAAGCAACAUGUGCUUUUUUUAGGUGACCUGUGAGAUAGGAGGGAGGUUGUGGGGGAGAUAUUAUGUCAGAAAGAAAUGCUUCUAAAUUUGAAAGACUGUGUGUGUGUGAGAGAAAGAGAGAGAGACAGAGAGAGAGAGACAGAGACAGAGACAGAGAGAGACAGAGACAGAGACAGAGGCAGACAGAGAAAGACAGACAGAGACAGACAGAGACAGAGGCAGACAGAGAAAGACAGACAGAGACAGACAGACAGACAGAGAAUGGGCAUUUGAAAAGUAUCUAGGACAUUCUUUCCUAAGGCAUGCUGAAAGAGCAAUGGGCCUAGUUAGUGCGUAACCUCUGACAAGACAAUCAUUUGUCUUGCCUGUGACCUUUCUCCAUUUAGGACAUGAAUAUCUGAAAAAGUCUGACUCCAGGAAGGGAAGGGGAAACUUUUUCUCCUCUAGAGCUGAGAUGAAUGAGGCUAAAGGUCUGCAUGGGUCAUGGGAUGUUAGACCUUCAUAUUAUCUAUGAGAACAAAGGAAAUGUACUUGGAAGGUCAUACUUAGAAGAACACCUAUCUGGGGGACAAAAGGCAGAGGGAGACCUUUUUAUCCUGCUUAUUUUGGUGGCAUUUGGCAAACAAUACAGUUGUUUAAUAAGUUAGUAUAAUGUCUACAUCUUUUUUUUCAGUUUAUUUUAUUAGAUAUUUCAUUUAUUUACAUUUCAAAUGUUAUUCCUUUUCCCAUCCCCCCCUCCGCCAGAAAACACCUAUCCCCUCCUCCCUCCCACUGCUUCUGUGAGUGUGUUCCCCCUCUCACCCACCCACUCCUGCCUAUCCUCCCAUCUAUGUCUUAAGUGGCUAGCUGACUAAAUUCCUCAUCCAUCCAUAGAGUCUUAGUGCUUUCAGAUAUAGAAUGACUGAAUAGUGAGUAACUAAUUGUCUUUUUUCUUGCUAUUGCUUGUUGAGUCCUGUAUAUAGUACCCUGAAAUCAGGAGGCUUCAAAGGUGUGAGGAAAUAGCUGCUCCUCUAACUUUCUGCCUGCCUUUGCCACUUUACUAGAAGAUUUUGGCAAUGUUAUUCCUAAGAUUGCUGUGCAGAAGUAAAGAAAUAUAUAUUUGUUUGUAUUGUGGCAACAUAAGCAGAAUUUUUAAAAAAGUCUAAAUUGGUUCCAUGAAAAGGCUUAGGCCAUCUUAACUCAGCUUGUAGGAAACAAAAAUUAAGGAAAAGUGCUACAUGAAAAAUAGCAGAUUUCAAGUAGGUUCAUCCCUAGUCAUCCAAUCAUGUAGGAUCUGGUAAUGGGAGAAAAUGCGGGUUAGCAGAAUUCACAUUCUAGAACACAUAAAAUGAGUUCAGACUUAACAGCUGAGCUAUUUUCCAAGAGGAGGGGGACUGGCUGUUCUGUGGGGCACUGUGGUCACCUGCAGAUCUGAGGAUUCUGGGGGGGGGGGGGUUAGUUUGUGAAGCACAUCACAUUUCCCAGUCUGUAUCUUCACACAUAUACACAAACAUGUUCCAUGUCCUUGACUUCUGUGCCUAAAUAAGGUAAUAUAGUACCUCAGGCUUUAGGGUCUUUUGGUAGCAGAGCAUAAAAUUAAUUUGUUGCAUACAUCUUGAUUUGGUCAUUUUAUGGAAACAAUAUUCUUUUUUAACAUUUUUAAAUUUUUUUAGUCUUUUUUAUUAGAUAUUUUCUUCAUUUACAUAUCAAAUGCUAUCCCAAAAGUCCCCUAUACCCUCCCCCAGCCCUGCUCCCCAACCCACCCACUCCCAAAUCCUGGCUCUGGCAUUCCCCUGUACUGAGACAUAUAAUUUUCCCAAGACCAAGGGCCUCUUUUUCCAAUGAUAGAUGACUAGGCCAUCUUCUGCUACAUAUGCAGCUAGAGACAGGAGCUCUGGGGGGGGUACUGGUUAGUUCAUAUUGUUGUUCCACCUAUAAGGUUGCAGACCCCUUCAGCUCCUUGGGUACUUUCUCUAGCUCCUCCAUUAGGGGCCCUGUGUUCCACCUUAUAGAUGACUGUGAGCAUCCGCUUCUGUAUUUGCCAGGCACUGGCAUAGCCUCACAAGAGAAAGUAAUAUCAGGGUCCUGUCAGAAAAUCUUGCUGGCAUGUGCAGUAGUGUCUGUUUUUGGUGACUGUUUAUGAGAUGUAUCACUGGGUGGGGAAGUCUCUGGAUGGUCCAUCCUUCUGUCUCAGCUCCAAACUUUGUUCAGCUCAUGGUAACAACAUUCUUAACUCUACCCUUGGCUCAUUUGAUAGAAAAGACCAGAGAGAAAUCACUCAAACACUCCAGGCUUUAGAAAAGGCUAGAAGCAAGAUCCGUAAAGGAGAAAUUCCUGGUCCAUUCCUAUUGCAAGGCAGAUAUGAUUUGUAAAGAACAUGACAGUUAUUAGGCCAUCCAUCAUCUUAGUAUGUAUCCUACCUCUGACUGUUGAAAAUUGCCUAGGACCCAGACUUUCAUAGUGAAGCCUUCACUAGUUUCACCCAGUUUCCAAUCUGUAACUUUUUUCCCUUGAAAAUUACAGAGGUAAGGAUUGAAUUUAGUGUGAUCCACAGCUCAGAAAUAUUGUCCUAAAUAUAAGUUCUUUCCUUAAAAUUUUCUAUGAAAUCUGAAAUACUUACUUCCUGUUUUAGAAUAUUAUGGUUUUCCUAGUGGAUUUAUUUUAAAGCAAUUGAGAUAAACAUGCCCUUGUUAAUUUUUCUAUAAUAAAAGAAGUGAUAAUCUAAUAAAAUGAGAGAGCCCUCUCCCUCUCCCUCUCCCUCUCCCUCUCCCUGUCCCCCUCUAUCCUCCAUCCAGAUUUAUGGAGCUCUAAAAGAGCCAUGGCAUAAAUGGAUGUCCACCAAAGAAGUGAAAGCAGAUGGGAGCAGAAGUAGAGAGUGUUCUUUUCUUCUUCUAGUCUUUACAUGGGCCUGCCAUUUGCAGAAACAUACAUUUGGAAUGCAUUGAACAUAGAAAGUUUAAUAUCCUUUUAAGUGCAUCUCUUAUAGGCAGAGAUGAUGGCGCACUUGGCAGAGUCACAUGUUUCUCUCUGAGUGUUGACAUCAGCCUGAUUUAUAAUAGAGUUCAAAACCAGCCAGACCUUUAGGGUGGGGGCAAGCUCUAUUUGGUUUAUGCAAUUAUUCACUUCUGUUACAGCAACAGAAGUCUACACACAGCACCAGUGAGCAUAAAGCAAGUACUAUGCAUAUUUAAUUUGCAAAUCAUUCCCAGAGACUUUCAGAAGCCAACACAUUUCUGAAUAAUUCUUAGAAUUUUGAGCUUUAUUAUUCUAAGAGAGAUGAUUGAUGUGUUUCUAUUCCUCAAGGUAGAUAACUGUCCAUUCUGUGGAAGUUGGUAAAUGAAAGUUUCUAAGAGACAAAGAAGAAAACGUCCCUGUAUUAGCCACAAUUUCUAUAGAUGGAGUUCACAAAAUAGGUCUGGCUGGUUUUGAACUCUAUUAUAAAUCAGGCUGAUGUCAACACUCAGAGAGAAACAUGUGACUCUGCCAAGUGCGCCAUCAUCUCUGCCUAUAAGAGAUGCACUUAAAAGGAUAUUAAACUUUCUAUGUUCAAUGCAUUCCAAAUGUAUGUUUCUGCAAAUGGCAGGCCCAUGUAAAGACUAGAAGAAGAAAAGAACACUCUCUACUUCUGCUCCCAUCUGCUUUCACUUCUUUGGUGGACAUCCAUUUAUGCCAUGGCUCUUUUAGAGCUCCAUAAAUCUGGAUGGUAGACUGAUAUCUUUUAACUCUCCCCACCCUGCCCUAAAGAAAAACCAGACUAUAUUUAGGGAGAUCUCUGAGAAUUACAACUUAUCUAUUGAAUGAAUAAUUUAUUGAUACAUUGUUUGUCUAAAUGAGCUCAUAUUUAGGUGUUCUCCAAGAUAUUUCCAACCCUAAACAACUUCCAUCCAUAUCAUAUCAUAUCAUAUCAUAUCAUAUCAUUCCAUAUCAUACCAUUUCAUAUCUUAUCACAUCAAAUAGAAGACUCAUUCAAGGAAGGUAAAUUUACAAUAUGCCCAUGGUGUCCAUGGACAUGGACAUCAAUCGGUGGAUGUAUUGUUUAGUUUAUUUGUCUACCAACUGUUUCACUUCUUUCAAAUUCCCUACACAUAAAACCUAUCAACCAAUUCACCACAGCAGUCUGUCAAGAUGCUCCAAGACACCAAGAUAAUUCUGCCACUCAGUGUUCCUUGAAACAUUGCUUAGGUACGCUUGAUCCAUUACUUUUCUAUAGACCAUGUUUUAACUAAAUAAACAUGCAAUGCUGUACCUGUACAUGGCAAAGGAGUUGCAUGGAAGGAUGAUACAGGCAAACAUGAACAUAAGCAUGACUGAGUGCUGUUCCAUGUCUCUCUCAGUGAUUAGAAAUGUUUUCUUUAAAGGACUCAGAGUUUUUCUGAAUCACUUCUGUACACCAGUUGUUGAGACUUUCUUUUUUUUUUUUCCAUUUUUUAUUAGGUAUUUCGCUCAUUUACAUUUGCAAUGCUAUACCAAAAGUCCCCCAUAGCCACCCACCCCCUCUCCCCUACCCACCCACUCCCCUUUUAUGGCCCUGGCGUUCCCCUGUACUGGGACAUAUAAAGUUUGCGUGUCCAAUGGGCCUCUCUUUCCAGUGAUGGCCGACUAGGCCAUCUUUUGAUGCAUAUGCAGCUAGAGUCAACCAGUCUCUGGCUUUACCCACAGUCUUCCUCAAGUAAUUUGUUUUGAAAAUGUUUGUUGUUCUUCAUCAACUUUAGGUUCACAAAUUGUAAAUAGCUAUUCUACCUAUAAAAAAUGAGAAUGUACAGUACACACAAACACACACACACACACACACACACACACACACACACACACACACAGAGAGAGAGAGAGAGAGAGAGAGAGAGAGAGAGAGAGAGAGAGAAGCCGUUCCUCACACAUUAGCCAGGAAACAAUAUCCAUACCUACUGUGUAGGGAGAUUAAUCGCCACUUUGUGUUGAAAAUUCUUUAAAUGCUUUAGACAAGGUUCUAAAGAUUGAUGUUUCUAUUUUAGAUUAAUUUUCCCUUUUCUUAUUUUGCACUAAGAUACUCUGGGGCAGAAUAAGUAGCACAUCUACUAGUUAAACACUGAACUUUUUGUGCAUGUAUGUCCUCUCUUGUUUAUAAUAUUUAUAGUCUGCAAAGUGGUUAAGUGGGUAUGAGCAAAUCUUAAGUAAUAGUGAGUUUUUGAGUUAAAACCAACGUGAUGGGAUUGCAAAUCAGGGAAGGGUAUUCAUGGAGUAAAUAAUGGCUAGUGGAGGUACAGAAUGCCAAAGCUUCCACCAUGAAGUAAGAAUGGUUCCUCUCCCCACUUUCCUGGAUCUUAACUCAGGAGCCUCUUCCAUAGAUUUAUCUUACACUGCAGGGAAGAGCAAUACUACAGGUCCUGUAUAAAAAAUGUUUUCCCCAUCAUCACAUGGCGUUUCAUCCUACCCUAGUGAUUUUCAAGUUUUAUGUUUCACUAAUAUAGUCCCCGGAUGCUUUGGAGUUAUCACCACAGUGAUUUUAUCUGCCCAGUGUGAGCACGGUAAUGGUAGUCUUAUGUAAAGUAAAUGAUGAUCAAGAUCCUCAAGUCUAUUCCCCUUAGUCAAAUGCUCCAUAGAUGGAAUUAAGGAAAUAUUGGAGUCAGACUAGUGGUCUUUCCUUCCUUUUUCUUGCUCAUGCCAUCUUGGCAUGCGUAAUGAUAGAAAGGUAUGUCACUCUUCAUCUACUACAGUAUGUGCUUCAGACAGCCACCACCUGAUACUCUGUAAGGAGUCUUCCCAUGAUGUUUCUCAGUAUACAAGUAAAGCUUGAAGCAAAUAGAUUAAAAUUAGGAGGUUAGUCCCAAGUUAUGACAAACCUGAUGUAUGCUAUAAUCAUAACCAUAUACAGCCUAGUCAUAAUUUUAUUAGCAUUAUACUGUGCCAUGCUUCAGAUCAAAACAGUAAAUCUCAGAGGACAUAAAAAAAAAAGGCAUGGGUAUGCAGAACUGGCCUUCAGUCACCCUGUGGCAUCCUUGAAUGGCUUCUUCAGAUGGAGCCAUUUUGAUUGAAACCUUAUAGGGAGAAGUGAAAGGACCACUGACUAGUUAUUCUUUUACAGUAUAGUCAGCCAGAGCCCAAAAGACAUACAUGAAGUACUAGCUUAAUGUCUUCUCUUUGAACGGCAGUACCAACAAGUAUGACCUUGCCCUGCCUUAAGUACUCGCAAAAAAAAAAAAAAAAAAAAAGAAAGAAAGAAAGAAAGAAAGAAAGAAAGAAAGAAAGAAAGAAAGAAAGAAAGGAAAAAAGAGGAAAAGUCAAUAACCACACCUGGUUUAAAGUAGUGUAGUUGUAUAUGGUGAUGGCUGACUCCAGUAAUUUUCUCCUGAACUUGGAAAUAGACAGGGCUCCCAAUAGCCUGUGUCACCUUUAGUAGACACUUUGCACUGUCAGCUAGCCUAUGGCAUGAAAGUAUAACAUGAGGAAAUGAAGACACAUGAUGUAUUCAAGUAUACCUAAUAAGGUAGACAACAGUUUACAUUUGGUUCAUGAAAUCCCUAACUUGCUUAAACAAUGAAUUGCCAUGUUCAUUUCAAAGUAGAAGUUAGAGACUUUCUGGCAUGGUCAGAGCUUUCUUUGGAAGAGUGAGAGGUCAGGGAAAUCACUUUUCGAAAGUAAAUAACAAAGUAUAAAAGGACCUUUCCUAAAUAUAUAUCAGAAGUGCUUUUGAUAGAAGCACAACAGAGGCAAAAGAGACUACUUCCUAUCAGGCAAUUCCUUGGGUUUUGUUUGUUUGUUUGUUUUUUGUUAUUAUUAUUAUUAUCAUUAUUUUUUUGUUUGUUUUUGUAAGAGAAUUCCCAGACCCUUGUGAUAUUGCCUCGUCCUAAAUCUGUUUUAUAGACCAUGUAACAUGUCUUAGUACACUGUAUGAAGAAAUAUAACACUUGGAUUUCUUUGUUUUCUAUGUUUUUAGCUAUACAAAAGAAAGACUUACCUGUAAAUAUUGUACAUUUAAUAAAGAGAGAAUUUUGUCCUUUUGUGUGAAACAUG